AUGAAGUCCUUCUUAACCAAAAAUUAUAAGAAACAAACAGCAUCAUCAUCAUCAUCAUUAUCAUUGUCAUUGUCAUUAUAUCCAUCAAAACAAUUAUCUACAGCAACAACGAUAGGUACACAUAUAAAACCGUUCCAACCACUUAAACCCUCUCUAUUUUCUCAUAGAAUUAUACCUAAUUCCACAAUCAAUUUCAAUAACACAUACAAUAAUAACAUUCAUGAUCAGUUACUACGAAGAAAUAAUCAAAAAGAUCUCAUUAAAAUUGACAAAAUAAUCAACAUUUUACAAUUAAAAGAAAAGAAUAACAGAUUUAAUAUAAACCCACUAGAAUUGACAAAAUUAUUGUACGUACAAAAAUUAAACUCAUAUAUAACUAUAAGAAAUAAUGAUUCAAAAAAAAUAACAUUGAAAAAUUUAUUAAAUUUAGGUGGAUCAAUAUUAAAUUUACAAAUUUUGAAAUUUUAUUUAAAUCUAUAUGGUGAAGGGACAAACAUGUAUCAGAAUACGAACAACAACAUGAACAACAUGAACAAUUCAUUUAAAUUGAAAAAUUUACAAAAUUCAAUAUUGAAAUUUACUCUUUCGUUAAAUAAUAAUAGCACAGGCAAUAAUGUAAAUUUAUUGGGAAUUUCAAAUUUAAAUCAACCUGAAAAUAAAAUACCAAAAAGAAUUAGAAUUAAAUUUGAUUCUAAUUGUCUUUUAAUCAUCUUGGGUUAUCUAGAAAUGGCAAUGCCCACCACCAAGGGAAGAGAUAUACUGCAUCCAUUUAUCAUUGAACGGUUUAUUAAACCUUAUAUAAAACAUAAAUACAGAAUAUAA